AAAGCAUAAAGGAUGUUAUUGGCAGAAAGACAAAAAUUGUGGUGAAGAAGAGAGUGAAGCUGGAAGUGAGAGGAGACAGAGUUGAGAACAAAGUGCUGGUGCUCACGACAUGCCGGGCCUUCCUCCUGACGGCGCGAGUCCCCACCAAGCUCGAGGGGACCUUCAGCUACCUGGAGAUCCACGGGGUCGCCUGCAGCAAGCCAGCUCAGAUGGUGGUGGAGACGGAGAAGGGCAGCAUGUCCCUGAAGAUGGCGGCGCCCGAGGACGUGUGGGAGGUGCUGGCGCACAUCGGCACCUGCCUGCGGAGCGUCUUCCCCGGCCUCUCUCCACUGAGAAUCAUGAGAAAAGUCUCCCUGGAGUCCUCCGAGCGCCUGGCCAACCUCCAGGCCCUGUGGGACAGCCAGCCUGUGGCCGAGCCGGGCCCCUGCGGUGGAUUUUCUCAGAUGUAUGCCUACGUCUGUGACUGGCUCGGAUUCUCAUACAGGGAGGAGGUCCAGUGGGACGUGGACACGAUCUACCUGACCCAGGACACCCGGGAGCUGAACCUGCAGGACUUCAGUCAUCUGGACCACAGGGACCUCGUCCCCAUCGUGGCCGCCCUGGAGUACAACCAGUGGUUCACCAGGCUCUCCUCGAAGGAUCUGAGGCUGUCCGCCGAUGUCUGUGAGCAGAUCUUGCGGGUGGUGAGCAGGUCCAGUUGGCUGGAAGAGCUGGUGCUUGAAAACGCCGGACUCAGGACAGAUUUUGCACAGAAGCUGGGCAGCGCCCUCGCACACAACCCCGCCUCGGGUCUGCACACCAUCAACCUUGCCGGCAACCCACUGGAGGAUAGAGGUGUGUCCUCCUUAUGUAUUCAAUUUGCCAAACUCCCGAAGGGAUUAAAGCACUUAAAUUUAUCUAAAACCUCACUGUCACCAAAAGGGGUGAACAGCCUGACUCAGGCACUCAGGGCCAACCCGCUGACCGCCUCCAGCCUCAGCCACCUGGACCUCUCAGGGAACAUCCUCCGGGGAGACGACCUCUCGCACAUGUACAAUUUUUUGGCUCAACCCAAUGCCAUUGCACGUCUGGAUCUGUCCAACACGGAAUGCUCCCUGGACGCGGUCUGUGCUGCUCUUCUCCGCGGGGGCCUGCAGCACCUGGCCGAGCUCCGAAGGGCAGAGAGGUGCCGCCGUCCUUCAAGCGGUUCUUCAGCAGUGCCCUGGCGCUGCGGCACGUCAACCUUGCAGGCACCAAACUGUCUCCUGAGCCCUUGAAGGCACUGCUGUUGGGCCUGGCCUGCAACCACAGCCUGAAGGGGGUCUCCCUCGAUCUCAGCGGCUGCGAGCUGAGGUCAGGAGGUGCCCAGGUGCUGGAAGGCUGCAUCGCCGAGAUCCACAAUAUCACCAGCCUUGACAUCUCCGACAACGGUUUAGAAUCUGACCUGUCCACCUUGAUAGUAUGGCUCAGUAAGAACAGGUCGAUACAGCACCUGGCGUUAGGCAAAAACUUUAAUAAUAUGAAAUCCAAAAACCUGGCCCCCGUCUUGGACAGCCUAGUGCAGAUGAUCCAGGAGGAGGACUCGCCCCUGCAGUCCUUGUCACUGGCCGAUUCAAAACUUAAGGCCGAGGUCACCAUCCUCAUCAAUGCCCUGGGCAGCAACAGCUCCCUGACCGAGGUGGACAUCAGCGGGAACGGCAUGGGUGACAUGGGAGCCAAGAUGCUGGCUAAAGCCCUGCAGAUCAACACCAAGCUCAGGACCGUGAUCUGGGACAAGAACAACAUCAGCGCACAGGGCUUUCAGGACAUCGCCGUUGCUAUGGAGAAGAACUACACGUUGAGAUUUAUGCCAAUUCCCGUGUAUGACGCUUCUCAAGCUCUGAAAGCAAACCCCGAAAAGACGGAAGAGGCGCUGCAAAAGAUCCAGAACUACCUGCUCCGGAACCACGAGACCCGCAAGCACCUCCAGGAGCAAGCCUACCGCCUGCAGCAGGGCAUCGUCGCCAGCACCACCCAGCAGAUGAUCGAUGGGGUGUGUGUGAAGGUCCAGGACCACCUCAACUCCCUGCGAAGCUGCGGCGGAGAGGCCGUGCAGGAGGACGUCAGGGCCGCGGAGCAGCUGCUGCGUGACGCCAAGAACUCCAAGACGCUGCUGCCAAACCUGUACCAUGUCGGCGGGACGUCCGGGUCGGCAGCCAGCGGCUUGUCCAGGCCGAUUCAGGAGACCCUGGAGGCCAUGGCUGGAGAGGUCACCAGAGUCGUGGACGAGCAGCUCAAGGCGCUUCUUGAGUCCAUGGUCGACGCUGCCGAGAGCCUGUGUCCCAGCGUGAUGCGAAGAGCCCACAUCCGCCAGGACUUGAUCCAUGCCAGCACCCAGAAGGUCUCCGUCCCACGCACCUUUGUUAAGAAUGUCCUGCUGGAGCAGUCUGGGGCUGACAUCUUCAACAAGAUCAGUGAGGUGAAGCUGACGGUGGCCUCCUUCCUGUCCGACCGCAUCGUGGACGAGAUCCUGGAUGCGCUGUCAGGCUGCCACCAUAAACUGGCGGACCACUCCAGCAGGCGCGGCCAGACCCUCCCACAGCACAAGUCCCCGGAGCGCGAGCCGGCUGAGGAGAGGCCGGCGAAGGGCCCGGCUGCCCUGGUGGAGGAGCUCUCGGAGCUGGAGCAGCUGGAGGACCUGGACGACCUGGACACGUGCAUGGUGACCCCGAAGUCCAAGCGGAAGAGCAUCCACAGCCGCAUGCUGCGGCCCGUGUCCAGGGCCUUCGAAAUGGAGUUCGAUCUCGAUAAAGCCCUGGAAGAGGUGCCCAUCCACGUCGAGGACCUGCCCUUCCCCUCCGUCAGGCCAGAGAAGCGGGGUUCGGGGUUCAUCUCUGAGCUGCCCUCGGAGGAGGGGAGGAAGCUGGAGCACUUCACCAAGCUGAGGCCCAGGCGGAACAAGAAACAGCAGCCCACCCAGACCGCGGUCUGCGCUGUCAACGCGGUCCCCCAUGACGGCGAGCAGAACGGCCUCAUGGGGAGAGUGGACGAGGGCGUCGACGAGUUCUUCACCAAGAAGGUGACCAGGAUGGAUUCCAAGAGGUCGUCGGCCCAAGGCUCCGAGUCCCAGGAGCUGAGUGAGGGAGAGGAGAAGAAGAAGCGAGAGUCCCGGAGAAGCGGCUUUCUCCACCUCAUUAAGCCUCGGUCGAGAUCCGAGCGGCCACCCACGGUCUUGAUGGCGGAAGAGCCCUCCUCACCGAAGGGGGCCCUCCAGAGCCCGGCCACUGGCACUCCUGGGAAGGACAUGGAGACUGCCGAGCCCAACGGCAACCCGGAGCAGGCAGAGGGGACCAAGACCUCCGAUGCCCUGGAGGAGAGUCGGGACGAGGCCGGGCAGCUGGAGCGCCGGGACAGCAGGGGCAGCCCCCCCGGGGGGCGGCGGUACGGCGUGCAGGUGAUGGGUGGCGGCCUGCUGGCGGAGAUGAGGGCCAAGCAGGGCCAGCGGGCGGCCGGCGUGCAGAAGAAGCCGGGGAACGAUGCCGUCUCCCAGGACCCCACCAGCCCAGCCUUGAGCAGCACCGAGCGGCCAGACGGAGGUGGGGCAGUGCCCAGGCCGCACCCAGGUGCCCCGGAGAGCCGCUUCAGCUUGGGAACACCCGAAAGGAACGUCAAGUCAGAGCCCAGAGUGGACAUGGGUACCAAGCCCCGCGGCACAGCCGGCACGCCCACCAGCCCGAAGCCCCUCCUGCAGUCCCCGAAGCCCAGCCCUGCCGCACGGCCCACCAUCCCACAGAAACCGAGAUCUGCUUCGCGGCCCGAGGAUGCCCCGAACUCACCGUCUGGCCCCGGCUCCCCUAAAGUUGCCCUGCUUCCGCCCGUCCUGAAGAAAGUCCCAUCGGACAGGGACAGAGACAGCCAGAGCGGCCCGCAGCCCAGCCCCAGGUCAUUUUCCCAAGAAGUGCCGAGGAGGAGCUGGGGCCCGCAGGCCCCAGAGUGUGUGGAGCAGAAGCCGCGGCCCUCCAGCAAAGACGGCCAUCAGGGCAGCAAGUCCAGUGACUCCCCCCCCACCCAGCCAGGCGUCCCGCCCCUCCCCAAGCUCCGCCCCACCCAGACCCGCACUCCGCCCCUUCCCCCAAGCUCCGCCCCUCCCCCGAAGCUCCGUCCCCGAGCUCCACCCCCUCCCGUGUUUCUGCACAUGCCUUCCAUGAAAGCCAGCAACCACUCCGUGGCCUACUCAGCCUCUCCGAGCAGCCAGAUGGCCCUGUGA